AUGGCAACCUGUGAGAGCCUGCAACACAUCUUUGAUAACCUAUUGCCGGAAAAUCCAACACUGCUUGAAUCCCUUUCAUGGAACAAAAUUAAACCAGUAAAAUCCUUAGAGUCCCCUUCCUCCACCUGUACUGAGAUAUUUGGUGAACUUCAUUUCAAGGAAUCAUCGCCACCCUUAUCAACAACCGAGAUAAAAAACACAAAGGUCAACCAGGACAAAGACUCUGAAUCUUCUGAUAUUAAUCAAACUCCAUCUUCAGCUUCUUUUUCAAUUACUCAAAUAGCUAGUCCUGUCAACGGCAAGGACAAAAGCAGUGGCAGCUUUACAUGGUUGAGUUCUGAAAGCAUGCAUCUUUGCACGGAGGGUCUUGGUUUCGAGAGCUCGGAUGAUGUUGAGGACUCAAAGAGUGGAAUAAAUGAAUAUCGUCAAAUUGAUCAAAACGAGAAACAUGUCGAACAUCGUUUAUCUUCAAGAGAUCAUUCUUAUGGAAAAUGUAGGAGGUCAAGGGUUAGUGAAUACCCUCCUCCCAUUUCAAGCAUAGGGAGAACAGGGAAGCCUGGGGUUUAUUUCAGGUCUUAUAGGGAGAAUGGAAGAUUUGUCCUCGAAGAGGUAAGGAUACCGAAACAAGAGUUCCUUCGUGCUUAUAGGGAGGAUGGAAGGCUCAAGAUGCAGUUUGUUCAUCCUCCGGAGGACGAGUUUAUGGAAGAGGAAGGAGAAGAAGAGGAUGAUACAGGAAGCAUAGAUGAAGAAAGAGAAGAUAUUGGAAAAGAAGUUGAUGGUUGUGUAACACAUCAUUCAAAUGAAGAAAAAGAGAUUGCUUGA